GUAAAAAAACUGAACACUAUGGUGGCGGAGAAGAAGGCAAGUCUAGCUCCUGUUAUCAAAGAACUGAGACAGUUGCGUCAAAAGUGCCAAGAAUUAACUCAAGAAUGUGAUGAAAAAAAAAUCCAAUACGACAGUUGUGCAGCGGGAUUAGAGAGCAAUCGCUCGACACUGGAACAGGAAGUGAAAGGACUUCUCGAGGAGUGUGUUCAGGAAGAAAGCAACUACCGUUAUAUUAAUUGCAUGAAAAGGAAUCUAGAAGUACAACUGCAGCGUGCUAAAGAAGAAAUGAAGGCAUAUGUCUCCCCAGACCCACAGGAGAGACGAAAGGCAAUUCGAGAACAGUAUACACGAAUGAUCCUUGAACAAGAAAACCUUGGGAAGAAAUUACGAGAGAAGCAGAAAGUUGUACGGGAAAGUCACGGGCCAAAUAUGAAGCAAAUUAAAAUGUGGCAGGACUUUGAGCAGUUAAUGGAAUGUAAGAGAGAAUGUUUUCUGAAACAACAAAACCAAAUAGCCAUUGGUCAAGUCAUUCAGGAAGGAGGUAAAGAUAGGCUUGUAUUAUGAAUUCUUCCUUCUUGAUACCAACAUAAAGUAGGAAGACAGUGUGCAGGCUUCCUAAAGGUAACCUCUUACUAAAUACUGUUGCUUUCAUCAUUUCUACAUAAAUGUGUGGUACAUUAUUUAGUUUUGGUGGAUAAACAAAGAGAGCAACUAACCACUCUACAAAGCUUUUCCUCCAUUGUUGAAGUGACAACAUAACAUGGUUAGGAAGAUCGGUUAUGAGAGCUGCACUAGGGUGAACCUCAUCGUAAAUCUUUGGUUUAUGAGGCUGGGAAUGGCAUGCAUCUGCAGAGAGAUCAAAGGAAAAGAAAUCCUUCUCUAGGGUCACAGAAAACUUACGUAAUUGCUCUGCUCCUUAUUCUGUAUCACUAAGGUUACAUUUUUGCAAGGCCUGGGACUUGAUAUUGUAUAAUUGUGGUCCUCCUGGCUUGGCCCUCUCCUUCCCUAUUGUCUUUAUUCAUCUAGCAUGACUGGCAAGAAUGGAGCCAUUUUCGCUCUGAGCUGCACAAACCUUGCCGGCACACUCCUAGUCAUACUUUCCUUGCACGGUUGAAUUAAACUGAUUGUGCUUCCAGGAGAC